CCUUGCGCGGCUGAAUGUUUACGGAAGGGAGUCUGAUGAAUGAACACCACAAUAUCGGUGUGAAAUUUUGAAAAACAGCCACGCAGGCCUCUACUUGACUUGUCUCAUUUAGAAUAGUAAACUCCUGUAUUAUUUCGAAGGAUACAGCUAGCUAGGCUACAAAGGCCGUAGCUAGCUAGACAGCAAAACUUGACUCAACGUCAUAUCUCAGUACGAGGAAGGGGUUCUCAAGUACAGGUAGUCCUGACCAGACCUCUCUCCAGCACCAUGUGGGGCGAGGAGAUCAGACAUAUGGCGUCCAGCCACGCCAUCAUGGCAUCGGGGGUAUUUAUGGCGACAGUGGUGCCGGCGGUGCUAGUGCCGGGUUUCUCUGUGUAUGGGACACACCUGCUGUGGCAGUACUCUGUUGCCGGGGUUGUCGCUGUGGUCAACAUCUCCCUGUUCUGGCUGCUGGGGGUCAGCCCCCCUACCAAGAAACACACUAUCACCUACAAGGUGUCUAGGUUGGUGCGUUCCUGUCUCUACUUGCUCCUCUCCUGUCUGUUCUUCCACACUGUAGUGGUCCUGUAUGGAGCACCGUUACUGGAGUCUGCGUUGGAGACGUUCUCUCUGGCGGUGUUGUUGACCAGUCUAACCACUCUGAGGUGUGUGUGUGUCCUCGGGCCCAACGUCCAAGCCUGGAUAAGAGUCUUCAGCCGACAUGGGGCCAUGUCGGUGUGGGACACUUCUCUACAGAUGGUGGUCGGCUGCAGUGUUGUGGGAGCCUGGCUGGGAGCCUUCCCUAUCCCUUUGGACUGGGACCGACCCUGGCAGGUGUGGCCUGUGUCCUGCAGUCUGGGUGGAGUGAUUGGUUACCUGACUGGGCUAGUCGUCGCCCCCGCCUGGAUACACUGGCACCGGAAACACCUCACCUACAAGAGCAAGUGAUGGACAGGGAGGGAGGGUGGUUGGGUGUGAGUUAUGUAUGUAUAUUGUAUUUUUUAUUUAUUUUAACUAGGCAAGUCAGUUAAGAAUGAAUUCUUAUU